AUGGAAUCUUCUGAUUCAGAUUCACAAAAUGAUGAGGAGAUGGCUUACCUAGCUAAGAAAUUUCGAAAAAUAUUUAUAAAUAAGAAGAAGCCUCAAGAGAGACAAAAAGUUAGCCCGAGUGAAUCUCGGAGAAAAUCUAAAUUCAUGAGAUGCGAUAACUAUCGGGGUUUCGAUCACGUGAAGAGUGAGUGCCCGAAUGCUAAGAGAGUUGAAGAGAAGGCAAUGAAUACUACUCUCAUUGAUGACAAGUCUAGCUCGGACAAUCAGAGUGAGAAAUCUACACGUGAGGAGAGUGGAAAAUAUGUGGCCUUCAUUGCUAAGAUUAAGAGUGGAUCCGAACAGGGGAGUGAAAGGGAUGAGGACCUAGAUAGUAGUGAAAAGUCUGGUGAUAAGGGUGGAAGUGAGGAAGAUCUAGAAGAAGCUUAUGAGAGGAUGUAUGAAGAAAGCCUCAAGAUCAUAGGUACAAACCAGGUGCUGAGCAAGAAAGUGAAGGAACUUAGGUUAGAGAAAGAACAGUUAGAGGCCCAGGUUAGUGAUCUCACCAGUAAGAAUAAGAUGUCCUCUAGGAGAGUAAGUGAGCCGACCGUUGAGAAUGAGACCUUAACUAUUCAGAUUAAGCAACUUGAGAGUGAGCUAAAGUUAUCUAGGUCUCAGAUACUUGCCUUUUCUAACAGUUCUGAAAAACUAGAAAAUAUUCUAAGAAUAGGCAAGUCGACUGGUGAUAAGGGAGGUCUAGGUUUUGAUAGUAAUGCUGCUAGUACUUCACAUGCCACCUUUCUUUGUGCUACUGAUCAGCCUAACAUUGUGACUUACCCCAUAUCUAAUGUUGUGGGAUCUUCUAGAUGUAGGUCUACCAGACGUCGUAGGACCCAUCGACCUAGGAAUAGAAAUCAGUGUCCACAUAACACAGGUCCUAGGUUUAUUCCAACAUACUUUCAGUGUGGAGAGUUAGGUCACAUCCUCCCUAGAUGUCAUCACUACCUGAAUAAUAGGAAAUGCUUGAACUUGAAAAAUGACAAAAAUCAGGUGUAUGUUGGUCAGAUUGGAUUUCUUAUUGAUCAAGUGAAUCGUUUGACCCAAUUGGUAACACAGCUAUCUGAAAACAAUUCCCGUUCUAGACAGGUUUGGGUGAAGAAGAGCAAUUUCUUGAAUUUGGUAAUAGAUCGUGGUGCUUUUAAAGGAAAGAACACUUAUACACCUACUUGA